AUGUCUCUAUUUGACCAAGUCCCAACGUUGCCGCCAGACAAUGGAUUCGCCUUGUUAGAGGCAUUUCGUGCGGACCCGUUCGAAAAGAAAGUCAACCUCUGUCCUGGAAUCUACCAAGACGAGUCUGGCCAAACUUGGACACUGCCAUCAGUAAAGAAGGCCAGAGAGACUCUUCUUGGAAAUCCAGAUCUGAAACAUGACAUUUCACCUCUGACUGGGCACCCUGCUUUCGUCUCUGCAGCGCGUCGGAUCGCCUUCCAAGAUGCUCUGGAGAGCCGCCAUGUCACCUCAAUGCAGACAAUUGCUGGGACUGGCGCCAACCAUAUCAUCGCGCAGCUGUUAUCAGACGUAGCCACUCCCAAGACCGUUUGGCUCUCUGACCCUAGCUGGGAGAACCAUACUAAGAUCUGGAGUCACGUCAAUUCAAAGAUUGAGCAACGCUUCUACCCCUACUACAAUACUGAGACAUUCGCUCUUAACGAUGAAAGAAUCCUAGCCACUCUCCAGGAACACGCUAAGAAGGGCGAUGUUGUAGUCUUACAGGCAUGUGCCCACAAUCCCACUGGUGUCGACCCAUCGCAAGAAUUCUGGAAGAAAAUGGCUAAGCUCUGCCAUGAAAAAGAUAUCUUCCCUGUCUUUGAUCUAGCCUACCAAGGCUUUGCGACCGGAGAUGUGCUUAAUGAUGGGUGGGCUAUCCGUUAUUUCGCUGGUUACGCUGGUGGCGAUAUCGAAUUCGCCGUAGCACAGUCGUUUUCCAAGACAUUCGGUCUCUAUGGUGAACGAACGGGUGCGCUUCACGUCGUUACACGUUCUGAGGAGACUGCAAACAAAGUGGUUGGCGCUUUGAAGAAGAUUUGCCGUGCUGAGCUCACGUCUACGCCCGGAUUUGGUGCCAAGAUUGUUGGCACAAUCAUGCAAGACAAGGAACUAGAAACACAGUGGUAUCAAGAUUUGAAAACAAUGAGUGACAGACUGCAAGAUAUGCGCAAGAAGCUAUACGACCAACUUACAAAGCGAAACACGCCGGGGAAUUGGGCGCACUUUUUGAGUGAUAUUGGAAUGUUUUCCAUGACUGGGCUGUCUCCGACGCAGCUCGCGACUCUUCAAGACGAGUACCAUAUCUACAUGCUACCAAUGGGUCGGCUUUCAUUUACCGGCUUGACUAGUAGCAACGUAGAGUAUGUAGCAGCGGCCAUUCACACAGCUUUUGGUAUCAAGUUGAGCGCGAAUCCUGCUGUUAUUCAGAUUGCUGCAAAUUCAGGGUUUGAUGCUUUAUUUAUCGAUUUGGAACACUCUACGCUCUCUAUUGAUGAUGCCAGCCAACUCUGCUGGUCUGGAUUGCAAGGCGGAAUCACACCGUUUGUUCGAGUCCCUGGUGAGUGUGGAAGCGGCCUUGUACAGCGAGUCUUAGAUGGCGGUGCCAUGGGUAUUAUCUUCCCACACAUGAGUUCACCAGAACAAGCAAAAGAGGCAGUCUCCAUCUGCAAAUACCCCCCAAUGGGCCGACGAUCUAUGACAGGACAAUUACCCGUGUUUGGGUACAAGGCCAACGCAGCGCAGACCGUAAUCCGGCAUAGCAACGAUUCCGCCUCAUCUGUAAUUGUUAUGAUUGAAUCCAAGAAAGGUGUUGAUUGCGCGGCAGAAAUCGCGGCCGUGGAGGGUGUCGAUACACUCCUAGUUGGGUCCAACGACCUGGCUAUUGAGCUUGGCGUCCCCGGAGACUUUGAAUCGACUGAAUUUCGAUCUGCACUGGAAACAAUCAGCGAGGCAUGCAAGAAGAAUAACAAGAUCAUGGGACUCGCAGGCAUUUACAACCAGCCCAACUUUCACGACUGGGCUGUCGCCAAACUUGGUGUACGGUUUAUACUAGGUCAGCUUGAUGUUGGACUCAUCGCUGCAGGCGCAGUUCAGUGCUUUGCAGCUUUGCCGGUUGCAAAAUUACCAUAGCAUGUAUACGGACACAGCUUAGGGGAGUUGUAUGGCUGACGACGCAGUUGCCUUCGACACGC